CGCUGGCCCACGUGACCGGGCUGCUCUCCCUCCCGGGCUGGGGGUUAGGUAGGGCUCCGCUCCCUCCUUCCCUCCUUCCCUCCGUCCUUCCUUCCUUCCUUCCUUCCCUGCCGGCCGGACGCUGCCCCGUCGCCGCGCGGACCUUGGAGUCCCCGGCUCCCGGACAGGGGAGGGGAGGGGACCGGACCCCCCCGGACGCGUCCCCACCGGGGACCCCGAAGCCCCCCGAAGAUGGCCGGCGGAGGCCGGAGCCUGCCCGCCCCUCUGGGCCGGGGCCCGGCGGCACGCUGACCCACCGGCACCGGGGCGAGGAGGACGACGACGACGACGACGACGACGACGAGGCCCGGGGGUCUCCUCUCCUCUGCUCUGCUCUCCUGGGCUGGGCUGGGCUGUGGCGUCGUCCCGGCCCGUGGCGGCGGCGGCGGGACUAUCCCAGCAUGGAGACGGUGGACAAGGAGUGCGGGGCCCUGGGGGGGCUGUUCCAGGCCAUCGUCAACGACAUGAAGAGCUCGUACCCCAUCUGGGAAGACUUUAACUCCAAGGCUACCAAGCUCCACUCCCAGCUCAGGACCACAGUCCUGGCUGCGGUUGCCUUCCUGGAUGCCUUUCAAAAAGUGGCCGACAUGGCCACCAACACUCGAGGAGCCACGCGGGACAUCGGCUCCGCCCUCACCCGCAUGUGCAUGCGGCACCGCAGCAUCGAGGCCAAGCUGAGGCAGUUCACCAACGCCCUGCUGGAGAGCCUCAUCAACCCCCUGCAAGAGAGGAUUGAGGACUGGAAGAAAACCGCCAACCAGCUCGACAAGGAUCAUGCGAAAGAAUACAAACGAGCUCGACAUGAGAUCAAGAAGAAAUCUUCAGAUACGCUGAAGCUGCAGAAGAAGGCCCGCAAAGAGCUACUUGGAAAGGGGGACCUCCAGCCGCAGCUGGACAAUGCCCUCCAGGACGUCAACGACAUGUACCUGCUGCUAGAGGAGACGGAGAAGCAGGCCGUGCGCCGGGCCCUCAUUGAGGAGAGGGGCCGCUUCUGUACUUUCAUCACCUUCCUUCAGCCGGUGGUGAAUGGAGAGAUCACCAUGCUUGGGGAGAUCACCCACCUGCAGGGCAUCAUCGAAGACCUCGUGGUGCUGACGGCCGAGCCCCACAAACUGCCGCCGGCCAGUGAGCAGGUGAUCAAAGACCUGAAAGGCUCUGACUACAGCUGGUCCUACCAGACCCCGCCAUCCUCUCCCAGCAGCUCUGGCUCUCGCAAAUCCAGCAUGUGCAGCAGCGUUAACAGUACAAAGGGUGGCACCCCGUGGCCUGGCGGGUCCCAAACAUACUCACCCAGUUCCACCUAUCGCUACCGCAGCCUGGCGCAGCCAGUAAAUACCAACACCCGCCUCUCCAGCGUAUCUUCCCACGACUCCGGCUUCAUCUCCCAGGACGCCGCGUACUCCAAGCCGCCGUCCCCGAUGCCUUCGGACAUCACCAGCCAGAAGUCCUCCAGCUCUGCGUCCUCUGAGGCCUCGGAGACCUGCCAGUCAGUUAGCGAGUGCAGCUCCCCGACCUCGGAUUGGUCCAAAGCCGGCCCUUACGACCAGUCCACGGUGACUACCCUGCAGCGGAGGAAGGACCGAGUGGAGCACCUGCGGGAGGCGGAGCUGGGCCCGGCGGGCGCAGGGUACCCGGGCGCCGGCGGUGACGAUUCGCCCCGGCCCAGGAUGUCCCCCGCCACCAUCGCUGCCAAGCACGGCGAGGAGGUGUCGCCGGCAGCCAGUGACUUGGCCAUGGUGCUGACCCGCGGCCUCAGCCUGGAGCACCAGAAGAGCAGCCGGGACUCACUGCAGUACUCCAGCGGCUACAGCACCCAGACCACCACCCCUUCCUGCUCCGAGGACACCAUCCCCUCUCAAGGUUCGGACUAUGACUGCUACUCGGUCAACGGGGACGUGGAGGGCGAGGGCCAGAGCGAGUUCGACAAGUCAUCCACCAUCCCGCGCAACAGCAACAUCGCCCAGAACUACCGGCGAAUGAUCCAGACCAAGCGUCCCGCUUCCACCGCCGGGCUGCCCACGGGCCCCGCCCUGCCGGCCGGCGCUCCCCCGGGGGUGGCCACCAUCCGCCGCACGCCCUCCACCAAGCCCUCGGUGCGCCGCGCCCUCUCCAGCGCCGGCCCCAUCCCCAUCCGGCCGCCCAUCGUCCCCGUGAAGACUCCCACCGUGCCCGACUCGCCGGGCUCCGGGGGCGGCCCCGUCCGGGUGGGCAGCGAGGAGUGCGUCUUUUACGCUACCGACGCCUCGCCCCACGCGCCUGACUUUCUGAAGGGCUCCCCGAAACGACUCAGCCUGCCCAACGCUUCCUGGGGCGGCGCCGCGCCCGAAGCGGCCGGCUACCCGGGCGGGGGACCGUCCCUGUCGGCCGAAGAGGAGGAGGAAGAGCAGCAGCAGCUGGCGGCCAACCGGCACAGCCUGGUGGAGAAGAUCGGGGAGCUCGUGGCCGGGGCCCACGCCCUGGGGGAGGGGCAGUUUCCCUUUCCCACGGCCCUCUCGGCCACCCCGGGGGAGGAGACGCCCGCCCCGCCCCCCGCCGCCCCCAGCGACCCCCCGGCCGAAGACAUGCUGGUGGCCAUCCGCCGGGGGGUGAGGCUGCGGAGGACCGUCACCAACGACAGGUCGGCCCCCCGCCUCUCGUGAUGCCGCGGCCCCCCCCCCCCCCCGCCUGCCCCGCGGGGAGACCGACGGCGGACUGAGCGGCGGGCCCCCGGUCGCCGAGAGGAGCGGCGAGGGACGAAAACCGACGGUUGGAGAAAUCCGAUGGAGAGCAAACCACAGAAGGCCAAGCCACUUUAUGGAUAGAGACGCACACGGAUGAGAUUUUAAACAGGUCUGACGAACUUCGGAAGGGCGGAGCCUAACCUCGAACUGGUUUUGGAGCCUAUUUUGUACUUUCUCUUCUCCGCUCCCUUCCCCCCUCCCUCUGUCCUCCUCUUCUCAGCCCCCACUGCCCUCUGGCCUCCGCGCAUCCCGCCCCCUCGCCUGGAGACGGGUGUCCUCCAGGAGGAGGUAGGGAAAGGCGUGGGAGCCGGCUGUCGGCGAGGGGCUCGACCCGGACUGGAAUAAGCAACUCGCAACACCCCCUCCCCACACCCCCGUACACACUCCCUCGCUUCCUCACCCCUCCUCUCUCCCGCAUUCGUGGGACAGAAACGGCUCGUGAUCUUUCUGGAACUCUGUCCCGGCGGCCUCCGGCCGAGGCGCCGGUUCCCUUCUCCUCUCCUUCUUCUCGUCCUACUCCCACCUUCCUCCUCCGGCCUUUCCUUUAUGUCUCUCGGGCCCCCCUCCCCCCUCUGCCGUGCUCUUCGAAUUGGCCGGAAGGGGAGAGGACACCGUGGCCGCGGAGAGGAACGAGAGGUGUGUUCGGCUGAGGUUCUCUGACUUCGGUACAGCAGCGGGACAGAGGACCUCGGGUCCUCCCUUACUUGCCUCCUGGAGGAAAAACCCAAGUGCCGCCCUGGGUCACUCCAACAGCUAAGGAGAAUAACAGGGCCUUGACGCCGCUCUGGCAGCACGGACGAUCGAGCCCGGGAUUGCCGGCCAACUCUCGCCGUGGACAGGCGUGAGUAGACGACGGCAGGUGUCGGCCCUCGGAGUCUCCUCCGGGGCUCCUUCCGUAACCCGCUGGGGGCCCCGGGGUUGGGGGCGUGAAAAGAGGGCUGGCGGGAGGCAACGGGAGUCCAGAGGGCUGAGGGGGCCUCGACCUCAGGGACAGCUGGGUGGUCUUUCCGGGGAGCCCAGCUGUAACGGUGGGGUCCCGGCGAAACGAUUAGCCGCACUGUUGGACCGGAAGGUUCGGCCAGCCGGUCAUCUCUGAAUUGGACCGGACGACGGAGGGGAGGGGAGGGAAUGGGUUGGGAGAGGGACUAGCCGUUAUGAGAUAACAAUAAUAAUAAUAAUGAUAAACAGGAAGGGAUGGUUUUGGACUGAAGGCUGUGAGCACAAGGGGUAGGAGGAGUGUGAGUGUGUGUGUGUGUGUGUGUGUGCGCUAUAUGUAUGUCUGUGUCUGUGAGCGACACAGGGAGAAGGGGUGCUGGCCUCUUGAUUUAUCUGGGCAGUGGGCAGUUAAUUGAAAUCCUUCCCCUUUAUUCCUCCUCCCCCGCCCCCCGCCCCCCCAACCAGCAUUCAUGGCUUGAAGGCAAGGUCCAAGAUGCCCAAGUGUGGAAGAACCCAGGGAGAACAGCUCAGAGAAAGAGAGGGCUGGGACUAACAGGGGGUGGGGGAGCGGGUGGAGGAGACUCCUUGAGGACUGGCUUUGACUCUCUGUUGCCAGAGGAGAUGCCAUUCCAGUGAAGACUCCACCCACCCGCCGGACCCCGGUCCUGGGAACGGAGGCACCGUUGGCCCCGCCUGGCCCCGAGCCAGAGGGCGGUUUGAGAUGAGGGCCCGGCCGGUCUUCCUCCCGCGGCUCCCGCGCGGCCUGAGGUCUGAGGAGGAAAUGAGUACGCGAGGAAGGGCCGGAGGAGGGAUCUCUGGUCGUGCCCAAGAGCAGAUGGAGAAAAUGGGGAGAAACGGGUGUUUCUGCAAGGAAAGAAAGGGCCACGGGCUUCGAGUUCUUUACUGCUGGGCCUGAAGUGUUGGCAAGAGAGGGGAAGCUCAUUCCUCUCUGAAUCUCAAGAGCGAGGACUGCAUCAGAGCCUCUUCCACCUGGCCUCUGACCUUGACCUUUAAGGCUGGACUAGCGGGCGAAGGGGCCCCGGAACGUGAGGCGGGGAGACUAACUGGGACCGAGAAACUAAGGUGGAAGCAGCACGCCCGACUCCAACAGCCCCUCCGUCGCUUGGGUGAGGAGUCGGCGAACGCAGAGCUCUGGGGGUCUUGACGGCAGUAGAACUGAACCGGAUCGAGCCCCAGCUGAGGUUUUUCUCUGCAAUGUGGGAGCGGAGGUAGGGCUGGAAACGGGGGAGGGGCGGGGCUCUAGUGAGGGCGGAGGUGCGGAGCCCAACCCGGACUCCUCCACCCGCCUCCACCGGCUCCAGUCCGGGAGGCAGGGCCCGGCGGCGGCGGUGACGGGAAGGUGCUGACGUUGGCAAGUAGCCGGUUUGGAAAGCAAGUAGUAGGUUGGAAUGAUCCGUGCCAUUUUUUUGCUCACUACCUAGCGCCGUCUUGCUUAAGGUGGUGGUGCCUGGUGGUAGCAGGUGGCUGAAGCGUUGUGGGUUGGGGAUUGGUACGUGUGGUAAGGAAAUGUGUGUUUCAGAAAGUGGUGUGGGGAUGGGUGGGGCGGGUGACCGCGGUUGAGCAGGCAGAGGCGGGUGGUUUCCACUCCCCUGGCCCAUUUCCCUGGCCACCGGGCCGCCUCCCUGCCCGGAAGACCAGCUGGCCUGGUGCUACCCACAGCCCGGCCACCUUCACGAUGUCCUCCCUCAAGGCCUCCGGGGAGGUUGCCUGCCUUCUGCUGUCUCGCCCCCCUCCCGUCGGUCCCAGCGCAUCGGGCUCGGGAGGCCUCGGAGCCUCCGAACAACUCUCCCGGCUGCCCGCGAACCACCGGAGUCGUGAGGCCGGGCCGGGCUAGGGGAGACAGGGUUGCGGGCGCGACUCUCGAGGCCGCGCGCGAGACAGCGCUCGUUUUCCCACCUCCUUCCUGGCCCUGAGGAGUCAGGCCCAGCCCUAGAGAGAGAAGGGAGCGGGCCUGUCAGUAGACGGGCCCCUCGCCCCUUCUUCCCGCCCUGCCUCCCAGCGCCGAGAGAGGGGGAGCCCCAGCCUUAAACCAGGAAUGGGAGGGAUCGAGAGGAAGGGUCAGAGGGCAGGAAAAUAGCUCCAUUCCCCCCACGUUCCUCACCUCUUCUCUCUGGAGUUUCCUCCAACGAAGCUGCUCACAAUUGUUGUACAUAGUCUUGCGUGUGCGUGCGUGCGUGUGUGUGUAUGUGUGUGCACGCACACUCGUGUGUGCAUGCACGCCAGCCCAGCCCCUGUCCCCUCACCACCUUAGUAAUAACAAUUUAGGCCCCAGCCCGCCCCCACCCCCACCCCCUUCACCUUAUUGUGACCAGGGUUGAUAAUGUCGCGUAAACACGUUUGGUUUGGGGAUUUUGUUUGGUUUCGUUUUUCAUUUUGUACAGACAAAAUUUUCUUUCAAACAAUGUCUCUCAACUGAAGUAACUUUUCUGGUGCUGUUGUUAACUUGUUCCAUUUUUUAAUUUAUUGCUCCCGCCUCCCUCCCCAACCUCCCCAGCUCACUCUCUCCCGGUUCCUCCUCCGCCAUUUUGUUUCUUUUCAUUUCGGUUUUGAGACGUGAUCCUCUUCCCCUAUUCCCCCCCUUGAUUUAAAUAGUCACUGCUACAAGUAACAAAUGCACUGUGAAGAUCCAGUAUUAAUAAAGUCGUACUGUAAUUAACA